AUGGAGGAUGCCAUUAGGACUGAUGACUACAGCUCACUGAGGUCCCUGUUUCAGCAGCUAAGUGGUGUCGAACUGGAGGCCAUGCUAUUUAAAGCUUGUGACUUCGGUGCUGAAAACUGUGCAGCCAUUUUACUCAACAAGGGUGUCGAGAAAGACUGUGUCAACAACAGCCGGAUGACCCCAUUGAUGCAUGCGGUCAAGGCGCAGUCUUUAGAAGUGACCAAGCUGUUGGUCACCUGGGGUUGCGAGGUGAAUACCCUGCUUGGAACGGAAGGGAACUCAGCUCUGCACAUUGCUGCAGAAGCAGGAAACGAGGCUAUCUGUGAGGUUCUGAUUGCAGCUGGGGCAAAUGUGAAUGCACGCAAUGAUAAAGAGGAUACUCCUCUGAUUGUUGCGUCAGUUUCUGGCCACUUGCCCAUUGUCAAACUGCUUCUCAACCAUCAUGCUUCUGUCAAUAGGAGAGGGUACCAUGAGAGUUCGGCACUGCAUGAGGCAACAGAGAAUGGCCAUUAUGAGAUCUGUUCGUAUUUAAUUACUGCUAAAGCGGGGUUAGAGGAUGAAGACACGUUUGGGAACACACCGCUGAUCUGUGCUGCAGAAAAGGGUCAUGUCAACUUGGUGCUGCUGUACCUGGCUCUGGGAGCUGAUGUCAAUCGUGUCAGUCAUAGUGGGAUCACUGCCUUGCAUUAUGCAGCUAAGAAAGGCUGGGCUGCCUGCUGUAAGGCUUUGUUGCACCACGGAGCAGAAAUUGAUGCUCAGGACAUACGUCGCUUCACUCCCCUCAUGAUGGCUUCUUUGGAAGGCCACAAGGAGGUCAUCCAGCUCAUACUUGAUGCAAAAUGCAAUGUUAACAUGGUGGCGUACAACCGCCGCACCGCUCUGCAUUACGCUGCCGAACAGGGCUACAGCAGCUGUUGCCAGAUUCUUAUAGAAGCAGGUGCCAACAUUGAAACUUUUGAUUCGGAUAAAUGUACCCCAGUUAUGUUGGCCGGGUGGAAGGGGAAUUUGGAGACACUGAAAUUCUUGAUUGACUCUGGGGCAAAUCUUCAUCACUGGUCCAGACAUGUUUCCAUCCUGCACCUGGCAGCGGAGGGAGGAAGCAUAGAAUGUUGCAACCUUCUUAUCAACCAUGGAGUUAGCAUCAACAUCCGCUGCUGCGACGGUGUUACGCCACUGAUUAGUGCCAUCCGUUUCUUCAGGAUGCCGGUGGUUGACUUCUUCUUAAAUCAAGGCUGCUCUUUGGAGAAACUACCUUCUGAUGAUGUUACAGCCCUGAAUGAAGCGGUGUAUCGGGACAUUGACACGUCAGUUAUAGAGAAGAUGUUGGCGCAUGGUGCUAGCCCAAACACACUGGAUCGUUUCCAUACAUUGCCUCUUUGGCAUGCCAUUGACAACUGCAACUUCACUGUCAUUAAGCUACUCCUACUGUGCAAUAGCGACUAUCCCAUGCUCUCCAUUACUCAUUGUGUGCAUAAGGAAAACCCCACACUCAUUCGCUGGCUAGUGGCAGCAUAUGCAGAAGAUGCCGCGUCGCUCUUGAGAAAAAUGAAUUCCUUGUAUUCGGUGUUAAAUCUGGAAGAUUUGAGUAUUGCCGAUUUGGUGUCGGAUUUGAUCAUGCAGCCACAAAGCCUGCUUCGCCAGUGCAGGCGAAGUAUACGCAAACGUUUAGGCAGCGGCACUUCAGUCAAUCAGAAAAUUUCCGCCCUUGGACUUCCGAGUUUGUUGCAUAAUUAUAUGUUGUUCAGUGAUCUAGAAUUGCCAUCUGAAAAAUCAUCUAUGUGGUGA